CAUCGUCGUUAUAUCUCCUCCCUACCGAAAGCCGCAUCCUCCAAGAACUGUAGUCCCCAUCCCCAUCGCGCCAUUGAUUGACCAAGGGAAGGCAAGAAGGGAAAAGUAGAGAGAGAGAGAGAGAGAGAAGCAAGAAGAGCCUCGGAGGGCUUCAAGAAGCGCUGUCGAGCUCGCCGGAACCGUGGCUGCGCUCGCCGGCGGGGAAGAGGGGUCGCGGGUUGCGCGUCUCCACUCGUUCUUCUCCUCGGUGCUCUCCGGGCUCUUCGGCCAGGGCGAAGAGCAGGACGAGAUGGCCACACGCAACCAGAACGUCGCUGCCGCUCCGCAGCUGCAGCAGAACAGAGCGAUAGGCGGUGGCGUUCACGUCCUGGGAAAGCAGAAGGUCGCCAUGGCGGGCAGACCCGACGCCAAGAACCGGCGCGCCCUGGGCGACAUCGGCAACGUCGUCAACGUCCGCGCCGCCGAAGGGAAGCCGCAGCUCCAGGAGCAGCCGGCGCACCGACCGGUCACGAGAAACUUCGGCGCGCAGCUCCUCAAAGACGCGCAGGCGAAAGCCAAGAAGAAUCCGGGUGCCAGGCCUGCGGUGAGGCUGACAAGGAAGGAGGCCCCUGCCAAGUUCGUUCCUCCUCCACCUGAGCACGUCAUAGAGAUAAGCUCCGACUCCGAGGUGAGCACGAGGAAGCAGUCGAAGGGCAGUGUCAGCUCCGUCCGCAAGGGCUCGAGGAAGGAAGUGAUCAACACCCUCACCUCUGUGCUCACCGCAAGAUCAAAGGUCGCGGCUGGAAUAAUCGAUAAACCUCUGGAAGUGGACAUCGACAAGCUCGACGGCGACAACCAGCUUGCCGUCGUAGAUUACAUAGAAGACAUCUACAAUUUCUACAAAGUUGCAGAGAACGAGUGCCGCCCUUGUGACUAUAUUGAGUCCCAGGUGGAGAUCAACUCGAAAAUGAGGGCCAUCCUGGCCGAUUGGAUAAUUGAAGUGCACCAGAAGUUUGACCUCAUGCCGGAGACGCUCUACUUGACUAUGUACAUCAUCGACCAGUUUCUAUCGAUGCAGCCUGUGCUCCGGAGAGAGCUGCAGCUUGUAGGCGUCUCAGCGCUGCUGAUAUCCUGCAAGUAUGAAGAAAUAUGGGCUCCAGAGGUCAAUGAUUUCAUUCUCAUAUCAGACAGUGCGUACACAAGGGAGCAGAUACUGAGUAUGGAGAAGGGUAUACUGAAUAGACUCCAAUGGAACCUCACUGUUCCUACAGCUUACGUCUUCCUUGUGCGUUUCGCCAAGGCAGCGUCCUCCUCUGAUUUGAAGAAUGAUAAAGAGAUGGAGAACACCUCCUUCUUCUUCGCCGAACUUGCCAUGAUGCAAUACCAGCUGGUGCAGUUCAAGCCAUCCAUAGUUGCUGCCUCUUCUGUCUAUGCUGCUAGACUCACCCUGAAAAGAACCCCUCUAUGGACAGAUACUCUUGCAUACCACACAGGCUUUACUGAAUCACAGCUAAUGGACUGUGCAAAGAUCCUGGUGACCGCGCACGCAACUGCCCCUGAAAGCAAGCUGAGAGUAGUUUACAAGAAGUAUUCCAAUGAGAAGUUGGGAGAAGUCUCCCUACGCCCACCUGCACUCGAGUUCUGCAAAUAAGGGAUUUCAAGGAGUUGUGUGCGUUUGACGUUGGUGGUGUUGGUUAGUUUUUGCUUUAAAGUGCGAGAAGGGUUGAAAACUUGCUAAGCUGUUUGAUCACAAGUCAGUAAUAUUAUCUGACUUCUGAUGACUAUUAGGAUUUGGUUGGCAGUACUGCCACUUGUGUCAUAAAAUACACCGUUGGUCUUGGUGUAUAUAUAUAUGUCUUUUGAAUUUUAUCUGUAACAGUUCUAAAUAAGUAUGAAUGAAGAACUGUUUGAAGAUUCGAAA